AGCGGCCGGGACUGGGCGCGACCCGGCCCAGCGUAGGCGCAGGAGCGGGCGGAGCCGAUCGUGGGCAAUGCUGAGGCUGGCGACCGCCGGGGCCCGAGCCAUCGUGGACAUGUCGUACGCCCGUCACUUCCUGGACUUCCAGGGCUCCGCCAUCCCCCGAACUAUGCAGAAGCUGGUGGUAACCCGGCUGAGCCCUAACUUCCACGAGGCCGUCACCCUGCGCCGGGACUGCCCAGUGCCGCUCCCCGGGGACGGAGACCUCCUCGUCCGGAACCGAUUCGUUGGUAUUAACGCAUCUGACAUCAACUAUUCAGCUGGCCGCUAUGACCCAUCCGUGAAGCCCCCCUUUGACAUAGGUUUUGAAGGGAUUGGUGAGGUGGUGGCCUUAGGUCUCUCUGCCAGUGCUAAGUACACAGUGGGCCAGGCUGUGGCUUAUGUGACUCCCGGUUCCUUUGCCGAGUAUACAGUGGUGCCUGCUAGCAUUGCAAUUCCUAUGCCUUCAGUGAAACCUGAAUAUCUCACCUUGCUGGUUAGUGGCACCACUGCAUACAUCAGCCUGAAAGAGCUUGGAGAGCUGUCAGAAGGGAAGAAAGUUUUGGUUACAGCAGCCGCUGGGGGCACAGGUCAGUUUGCUGUGCAGCUUUCAAAGUUAGCCAAGUGCCAUGUUGUCGGAACCUGCUCCUCAGACGAAAAAUCAGCUUUUCUGAAGUCUGUUGGGUGUGAUCGGCCAAUCAACUACAGAACAGAGCCCGUGGAGACAGUUCUGAAGCAGGAGUACCCUGAAGGAGUUGAUGUAGUCUAUGAGUCUGUUGGGGGAGCCAUGUUUGACCUGGCCGUGGAUGCCUUAGCCACCAAAGGGCGCUUGAUAGUAAUUGGGUUUAUCUCUGGUUACCAAAGCCCUACAGGACUUUCACCAGUCAAAGCGGGAGCUUUGCCGGCCAAACUCCUGAAGAAGUCAGCCAGCCUCAGGGGUUUCUUCCUGAACCACUACUUCGACAAGUACCAGGCUGCCAUGGAACACUUGCUACAGCUGUACACUCGUGGGGACCUGGUGUGUGAGGUGGACCUGGGACACCUGGCCCCAGAGGGGAGGUUCAUUGGCCUGGAGUCCAUAUUUCAGGCUGUUGACUAUAUGUACUCGGGGAAAAAUAUUGGGAAACUUGUUGUUGAAUUACCACACCCUGUCAGCAGUAAGCUGUGACCCAACAGAACAAUGACAAAGGUCAAAGGAGAGAAGUGAAUUCUCCGUGCCUUAGAAUGAACUUAAUACUUCUUAAAAACAAAAGGAGAGUGUUAAUGAAUCCCCCCCCCCCUUCCUUGGGGGUGAAAAUAACAUGCCUGAAUAAAAGUUCUCUCUAUAGCACAAGGUAAAACGUUUACAUUCGAGUCUUCAGUCGUGGACGGUCUUGUUCCAAAUUUUAUUUGUUCCAGAGAAGUAAAUUAAUUCCUGAUGUGAGACCUGAUCGAGUCAGUAUGUUCCCGCUUGAUGAGAUUUUUAAAUCAGUCUUCAGAUAGCUCACCCAGUCUCCUUUGCAUGGGAAGCAGCCCUCUUACCUCAGGUAUGUACCAGGUGAGAACGCAGUGGGGUCAGUGGGCGUUGAAUUCUCUCACCGGCACUGUGCUUAGGGAGGAGCCUUUCCCCACUGUAAGUCACUAACCAAUCUUCUAAAUAGACAUUUGGGAGAGAAUUCAACAAAUUUAGCCUUGUUAUUGGAAAAGUGAUUCAGCAAACAGAUGCGUCUUAAGGAAGAAUAUACUGUUUGAUGCCCUGAAUUCACAUCCUGGUUAGACUGUCUGUGCAGAAAAGAACUUUCUGGUCUAGGGAGAAUUUCCAAUUAGAAAGUUUUGGGAGAGAAAGCUAUACCUUGGGGAGUGGGGGGACUGGAAACCAGUGUGCACAGAGGAGAAAGAAAACUCUGCAGUGCCUCUUCAGUAAAGGGCUCACAUAGUACCAACACAGCAAUCACAGAAGGGCGCUCACUCUGGCAGGUGAAGGGUUAAAAGGGGGGCACUUCCUGUCCCCAAGGGGCAAAUGCCACACAGCUCCAAACACAGUAGGCACCCAGGUCAUGUAAAAAAAAAUCAUAUCCAUUUGCUUCUCCUCAGAGGCUUGGUGUGGAAAGUGCACUUGGUCUCUGGUGACAGACGUGGAAUGAAAGUCAGGUGUCCUGUGUUGCUUCUCGGUGUUUGAGAGAAGUGAGCUCUGGUGUUGUGUCCUGGUGCAGUCCUGUCUAUCACCCUGCCUACUGCUUCUCUUCACACCGCACCAUAGCUGGUGUGCCUGCCCUUCACCUUGGGUAUUUUUGUGCUGGAAUCAAAACCCCACAGUGCCUUCCUAAUCGAAGGUGAAGCCUGUCAGAUUAUUUUCCGGGUCUUGGGUUUCAGCACAUCAAACGUUCUCAAUGAAUGGGAAUGCAAUUAGGAGAGCUCUGCAAAAGUCGGGGUGGGGUGGGGGGCAGGUUUAAUUCUUUCCUUGCAUCUGGGGAGCAGAGAGAUCCUGUUUCUGAAUAGCUGUUAGUAUCUGUUUUACAAGAUUUACUCAUUUCCAGGUACCUAAUGUAGCUGCUAGCAUGCACGCACAACAAUACAAUUUAUAUGGUAAAUGGAGCCAAAUAAUGGUAUCACUGAGUGUUAUGGCCGCACUGAAGGGAAAUGUCACGGUAAAUAGCCACCAAAUUAUGGAUCACGCCGAAGUGUCACAACUACACUAAAGACAAAUAGCACUAGAGGCUAUUGCCACUGUGAUGCCUCUGAGUUAUGAAGAAGGGUAGCAGCCUGAGAGGGGCUCUUUGUGUCCUCGUCAUAGCAGAGGGUUGCUGGUGCAGGGGACAAGAAAGGCUCUUCCAGUACGGUGCUUAGUUAUUAAUCUGUCCCUUUUAGACCUCGUCUCUUGUAACAGGGGAGACCUCGCCGGCUCUCUUGUAUACAAACAUAACCAACAGAGGGGGGGGGAAGGGCUUUAUGGAUGUCCGUGUGCUCAGGAAAUGACUGGUAAUGGAAAAAAUGUUGUAAUAAAAUAAUCUAAUCAAAGACGAUUAUUAAAUUUAACAUAGUAUAUGUCUGAAAGGCUGAGUCGCUUGCUAUGCAGAUAGAUGUGUGAAAUCUCACUGAUGAUGCUCUCUCCCUCUGAAAAGGCUUGAGGACUGAGGACAUUACCAGCUAAAUUGCCUCUUCUGAACUGAAGUGAGUCCCGGUUUCCUUCAUUUUAAUGGGUGGGUAAUAAAGAUGAAAGACCAACAUUUUAUCUGAUGGAUCCCUUAAGCUAUGGAAUAAAAAUGUAUUUUGUUUUGAGGGGAACAUACUAAAUUCAGAUAUGUAAAAGUAAAAUUCGCACACCCAGGUUUAAAAUAAAACAU